GAAACAAAAAUCCGAAGCAGCUGAUUCCGCUGCUGUACUGAUACUGAUUUGCGCAGCUUCACGAGGUUUCUCUUGAACCCCCCGAAAGAUCAAUGGCGCGCGUGUACGUGGGUAACCUAGACCCACGGGUCUCUGAGCGGGAUCUUGAAGAUGAGUUUCGUGUCUUUGGAGUUAUUAAGGGUGUAUGGGUUGCUCGUAGGCCACCAGGUUAUGCUUUCAUCGAUUUUGAUGAUCGCAGAGAUGCUGAGGAUGCCAUUCGUGAAAUAGAUGGCAAGAAUGGCUGGAGGGUUGAGCUUUCUCAUAAUUCUAGAGGCCGAGGUGGUGGCCGUGGAGGCGGAGGUGGCCGUGGGCGCUCUGGUGGUUCUGAUUUGAAGUGCUAUGAGUGUGGUGAGCCUGGUCAUUUUGCUCGAGAAUGCCGCUCACGUGGUGGUUCAGGAAGACGUCGCAGUCGCAGCCCUAGAUAUCGUAGGAGCCCAAGCUAUGGGCGUAGAAGUUACAGCCCUCGUGGAGGAUCCCCAAGACGCCGCAGUCUUUCUCCUCGUGGACGUAACCUCAGCAAAUCUCCCCAAUACCGUGGUCGUGAGGAAUUGCCAUAUGCUAAUGGGAAUGGUGUAAGAGAGCACCAUCGGAGCAGGAGCUAAGUACCACAAUGAUGUAGCUUUUAUGUAAGGAGACUGGAUUAAGUGUGUUUAGUUUGUUUGGACUUCAGUGCUACUGUUUUUAAUUGGGCAACGUCCGCAGCCUCUUGGAUUUGGUUAAGUUCGUAUCUGUUUUUCUAUAUUCUAUGUUGGUUUUCUUUG